UCGUAGCUUUGCUCUACUUACUAGCGGAUGUCUGACAGCCCCAUGGAGAGUUGUUUCUGUGAAGGACAGCGAUGAUGGAUGGGUGUUGAGAUGAGAUCCCGUUACAUCAUACCCUUCCUUAGUUCCAAGAUAGAAUCUUCUACAAGAAAGGUUGAUCAGUCACAGGUGAAGAAAGAGGGAACAGAUGUAUUUAAGGGACGCUGGACCCGAUUUCCAGCAGACGAAAACGGUGAAUGCUGAGGAAGAUGACGAUGGACAGGUGGGAAACCUCCAGCAGACAGCCGACGCGUCUGAAGUUGACAAGGCCACGGCGGACAAGGGUAAGGUCGACGACCGAGAUUUGAGGAAAUUCUUCCUCAUUUCGGUGUACGAUGAGCAGGGUACGAACUGGGUCAAGACUGACCACAAGGUCAGCCUUGACAUUGUUCUGUUCAAGGGGUAUGGUCAGAAGGCAUUCGGUAUGAAAGCCUUCAGCAGCAAGCGGGACGGGAAUGCUUCGAGGAUGCUCUUACCCAUUGAAUUCCUCACCAAGACCAAUGGGUAUAGGAGAAGUGGUCAAUACCCGACGGUCUCCGCUGGUUACCAGCUCUCGUUGCCUCUUGUGCCGUUCGACGCUCCAGGAGAAAGUCUCGCAGGCUUGUCAGCGUGCUCUAGCGUUCAGCGGCAGGAUGUCUCGACUCCGCAACCAUCGGUGUCCGCGAAGGAGAAACUCGUUACUUACCUGAGGCGUCUGAGCGGUGGGUCAUCAGGAAACGUUCCGAAGAAGAAGGUGCUCGACAAACCACCUUCUAGUCUUCCGGGAAGCUCGCGUGUCGGUAGAAGCUCGCGCUCGCAGGACACCUCCCAACGUCGAAUGGACGAGGAGUCAAGCGAGAAGACGGAGGACGAUGAACGGAUUCGCCGAUUGCAAUCCCAGUCACUAGCCACGCGAAGGUUCACCCAGGGCGAAGGCUCUUGCGAUGUGAAUGCAGAGCGGGAGGAUAGUAGAGGCGACGAAGCCCGGGCGAGGGGCGAUGGAGAAGACGAUGAGAAUGAAGGAGAAUGUGGUGGUGGGCAGGACCACAUGGAUUGCGAAAAGGCAGCGGCAAGCGGCGGGGUGCUCGGUGGUAAUGUGGGUGGUUCGGAAAUGGAAGACCAGGAGAUGGAAGAUGAGGAAAUGGAAGACGAGGAAAUGAAAGACGAAGGACAGGAUGUCGAUGUUUCCGCGGAGCUUACUUCGAAGGGGAGGGGAAAACGCACAGCAGAAUCGUCGCCGAAGCGAGCCGCGCCUAAGAAGCAGGCUCAAAGAAAAGCUGUGCAGGACGCUCGGCUUGCCUUGGAUGCAGCUGUUGGUACGCCCGGUGAAGCCGGUGUGGAAUCCAAAUCCAAAGCUCGGGUUCGCAAAACGUCGCAACCCAGGAAGCCUGUGCGGCCGUCGAGGCACCCGAAAUCGGAUGACUCGAGCGACGAUGCUGAAGGGGUGGCCCCUUGUUUGCUCUUCAUCCCUGACGACGACGAACCGGAGACGAAGAAACCCAAAGCGGUGAACAUGACGCAGUGCUUCUUCCUCGAGUACAACGAGGACGGCAAAAAGAGAAAGGACCCGCCUAGGGUGGUCAUUGACGUCAUGCAGAUUUUUUCGAUUCUGGUGGGAGAGAUCACCUUCAACCAGCGAGCGCUGAACCCGGCCAUUGUCGUAGGCAUCGAAGCGGCAAUUGAAGCAUCAACUCGCCCACAGUCCGUGGAUGAUUGGGCUCCGUGGGAUCCACCGGAGUUGGUGCUGGCUCCGAUUAAUCCAUCAAAGGACGCGGACGAACAAGGAAUUCGUGUCCUUCCAGAGGAUUUCGACCCCGAACGGGCAGAUGAGUUUUUCUAUUACCCGGUUGCCGGUCAACAUUCUUCCGAAGCUAUGAAAAGAGCGGUGGCGAAGAACUCUGCAGCGGUGGAGGUGUUCGGCUUUCGGAAUUAUAAUCGUGUACGGAUCAUUUAUUUUGACGAUGACCAUACGAACGGGUACCAUUAUGUUUCCACAUAUGACAACACGCGAGGUGACCGUGCUAUGUUGCCAUCGUUCCAUCAAGCCUGCGUGGACAUCAGAGGAUUUUGGGACAGCAAGAAACGGAUCGGGCCUGUGGGGAACGGACAUGUACCACAAGCUGGGCAAGAAGAGAAACAAGAUGUGGGAAUAUUUGUUCCAAGGCCAACACCAUUCGAGCAUGACUACAUAGUUCGCAAAGCGAUGGCACAGGAAACGUAUAGUGGCUACCAUAAAGCACAAGUGGGGUCGUUUGCGAUGUUCGUAGCAAGAUGCGAACGAAUGAAGUUCAGAGGAAAUCAGGCAAUGCUGACGUACGAUGGAUACAGCAAGAUUGCCAAAGAAUAUGAUGCGUGGAAUCCGAUCGAGAGCGAUGAGGAGACUGAAACCUCAGACCUCGAAAUCGAGGAGCGAGUGAAACGUAUGCGAGAGGGAAUGGAAAGCGUGCCUGCAUGCAACGCGCCAAGCCUCCAGGAAGAAGAAGUUCGCACGAAAUCGGCGGGUGCGAGCAGUCCAACGCGUGACGUGACCGACAGGGCGAGUUCCAUUGAACACAUGCAAACAGAUUCGCUUACGCCAAUUCAAGCACUUGAGAAUGUACUGAUUCAUGGCAAUCGUCAAGGGUUCCGGGAAAAGGCUCAAUCUCGAGGAAACCCGGUCAACAAAAUGCGGCUAGACGAUUACGAGGAUGACUUUGCGAUUCCAAAUGCCCUCCCAAAGCUGAUGCCCGGUGAUGAUAUCCCUGAUAGCAUUGCGCAGGCCAGUGAACAGCCGUACUUCAUUCCAGACAAGGUGCCAGAAACGACGUCUGACAAGUGGGGGCAUCACAUUUUGUGGCAUAUGGAUCUAUUCGAGCCAUGCAUUGUACAGGGGAAGUGGAUGAUGGCAGUCCAUCUAACAAAAGGAUGGAAAGUCAGAGCCAGACUGGAUGAAGCCUCGUGGCUGAAAUUGGCGAAGAGCGAAAUCGUAUUUCGGGUUAGGAAAGAAAAUGACGGAGCGAAUGAAGCAGCUAUUGAGGAAAAGGCUCGAUUGCUAUUCGAAUGUCUUCACUCCAAACACCGACUGGAAUAUAAACACGGAUUCUAUGACUUGGAAUCAAGUCGGUCAUACAAGAGCAUCAACUGGAAGAUCGAUCUUCCUCAAGCUGGCCAUGGCAUUGAGACAAUCCGGUUGGGAUGCUCACAGAUUGGGGGGGAGUCAAACACGCAGUUUGCAACGAGUGUUGGGGAAGCGAUGAGUCAGACAGCCAGCAAGAUAAUGGAGGCGACCGAGGUUCCACGAAAUGUCGACAAAGUGGCAUCGAACGUUACAUCGUACGGACCUCCUCUAAUAACGCAGGCGGGAAACGAGUGUGCAUCGCUGAUGGCGAGCCCCACUCCUUCCGGGAGUGGGGCUGUUGCAAAUGAAAUGCAAAAAGAUCAGGGGAUGAAAAAAUGGGAAGGGGGAAACGGGGGAAGUCGGGAUCGAAAUGAGAUCGGGGUGAAAGUCAGGGUAAGGUUCGGGGAGAUGAAGAUCGAGAGAUGGGGAAAAAAAUGGAAAUGGGGGGCGGGAUGGGGAAGUUGGGAUCGGGAUGGGGACAAGGAGGAGGAGGAGGAGGAAGAGGGGGAGAAGGGGAGAGCGACGAUCGGGGGGGGAGGGGGAAAUGGGGGUGGAAACGAAGGAAGUCAGGAUAGGGAUAAGGAUGAGGAGGAGGAGGAGGAGGAGGAGGAGGAGGAAGAGGAGGAGGCGGAGGACGGUAGGGCGCCGCCGCCGACGCCGCCGACGCCGCCGCCGCCGACGAAGAAGAAGAAGAAGAAGAAGAAGAAGAGGAAGAAGAAGAAGAAGAAGAAGAAGAAGAAGAAGAAGAAGAAGAAAAAGUUGAAGAAAAAGAAGAAAGAAGAAGAAGAAGAAGAAGAAGAAGAAGUAGGAGAAGGAGAAAAAUAAGAUUUGACGAAAAAAGAACUUAGGAAAGUUAGAAAACAAAUAGAAAUAAAAGUU